UGUUCCACGUUGUAACACGGCUCCUCGGCCUUCAGAAGUCGGUGUGGACAGCAGACAUCAUAUGGCUGCCAUAUUUACUCCUCUCUCUUGUAUUUUUAGAAGCUGCUUCAUACCUCUGAGGAAAAAUCAACUCAUGACGUUUCAAAUCUUUGUUCCUGUGGCUGAAUGAAGUCGUCAGCUCGAGGGCGUUUGGAGAUCUGCGUCUGGAAAACAGGGGAGUGGAUCUUUGACCUUUGACCCCGUUUACCUAAGAAUCACGCCGAUCCACAGAGCAGGAGCAGAAGGAAGGCGACCCUCAGAGCGAUCUUCAUGCUGAUGUUUCCUCAGUGAUCAGUCGUCCUGCAGCAGCUCAGGAGGCGGAACCUCGGUGAGGCUUAUCCUUCUUAUUCUGCGGGGCCGGACUCAUAACAGUGAGACACCGCGGGGUUCCGACGGAAGCUGUUCGGUGGGAAACAACGAGCGGAGGAUGUGGCUGCUGUCGGUGUUGGUGCCUCUCGUCAGGCUGUAUUUCUGCGGGGCUAAAGUGCUCUUCUAUCAGAUGUUCUACAGAUCCUUUAAGCUGCCAGUCUUACCAAAGCAAUGUGGAAGGGUUGCCAUUGUGACGGGUGGGACCAGAGGAAUGGGGUUUGAGGCUGCGAGACACCUGGCAGGCCUGGGCAUGCAUGUUUUCAUAGUUGGAAACGAGAAAGAGGAAGGAACCAAGGCCGUCCAGAAGAUUCAAGAAGACGGGGCCGAGGGGAAAGCUGAGUUUGUGUUUGUGGACCUGACCUCACUGAAGUCGGUGCGUCAGUUUGCUCAGACAUUCAGAGACAGAGGACUCCCUCUUCACCUGCUGGUCAACAACGCCGGCACCAUGCUCGUCCCUGAGCGUCAGACGGAGGACGGCUUUGAGUUCCACUUCGGUCUGAACUACUUGGGUCACUUCCUGUUGACCAAUCUGCUGCUGGAUAUACUGAAGGAGUCUGGGAAGCCGGGCCGCUGCUCCAGGAUCGUCAACAUGUCGUCAGCCACUCACUACGCUGGGAUCAUGAACAUGGACGACCUGAACCGGAGGAAACACUACAGCUCACACGGGGCCUACGCUCAGAGCAAACUGGCUCUGGUGCUGUUCACGUACUACCUUCAGGAGCAGAUGAUGGCGGGCGGGUAUCACGUGACAGCGAACGCUGUGGACCCAGGCAUGGUGGAUACAGCGCUGUAUGACAACCUGUGGACUCUUGCACAGAUGCUGAAGAAGCCGGUCGCCAAAAUCCUGUUCAGGACUCCAGCAGAGGGCGCCUCCAUUGCGCUCCUGGCUGCAGCGUCCUCUGAGUUCGAGGGCGUCGGGGCGUGCUACCUUUACAACGGGGAGAAGAGAUCGUCUGCAGAGGUCUCGUACGACACUGAGCUGCAGGCCAAGCUGUGGAAGAGGAGCUCUGAGCUGGUGGCGCUGCAGAAGGCCUGACACCCCACAACCCCAACACCCCACGACCCCGGCCUUACUCUACCCUGACCCCACUCUGAAAUAUAUUUGUAUUGUCUCGUUGUCAAAUUAGCCAAUCAGAGCCUUUGUCUUUGUGACAUCAUCCUCCUGCAGAGCUUUAUCAAACCAAUCCGUCCAAAGAGUGACCUCUGCAGGUUUUAAAUGCCUGAGUCUCCCUUUAAGAGCUCAGUAAAAUGAAUGUGAGCAGCGACGAUGUCGUCUGCUGUUUGAUGCAGUAUUAUCACAAACACUCUGUCCUCUCUCUACGUGCCUCUGUUCAUCAUUUAAUGCACUAAACCAAACUCUCAUCGUGACUCAUGUCUCUCUUAGAGCAGCUUCUAUUUUGGUGAUCGAUCACAGGAAGCUUGAUGCCUUAUAAACCUUCACUCUGUGUGUCUGUAAGCACAGAGUGAAGGUUUAAUUCAGACUGAGAUUAUUGAUUAAGUUUAAAAGAGUUGAUAUGAAUGUUUAUGUUCCACCUGUAAGAUGUGCUGGACUCUGUUUCUGAUCACAUGUUUAUGUAUUGAUUAUGUUUUGCACUCACUGUGGUUAAAAUGACUGAAGCCUUAUGAUACAGAGAUUCUUAAUGUAAAUGACAGAUGAAGAGCAAUCAUCACUAAUAAACAAGAUGCUUUACAGAGUCUGAA